GCUUUUCCCCUGUAAGUCAUAGCUUUUGAACGCUUCGUUAAGUUUUCGUUGUCUCUUUUUGGUUUUGGAAUUCGAAAACUUUCAAGCUGAAGUUUAUUUUUUGGUGUUGCGGCUCUGCUCGUCGAUGGCUUCAAGUUUGCAAUUCAGUUGCCAAGAGGCCGCGAUCAUAUCAACAACUUGUUGACGCUUUUUCCAGACUGACUUUAAACGUUUUAUCGGUCUUUGUUCGAGUCGGGAUUACGCAGCAUAAAUUAAAUUGAAGUGCAAAUUUGAAGAGUUGAUUUAAAUAUAUAAAUACUUAAAGAAACCCUAUUUAAAUAUGUGCCUGCCCUAUCGAUAUGUUUGUGCCCCGCUCGCGCUGCUCUUGAUCACCUUGAUCCUCAACGUUGCGGCACGUCCGCAGCACAACUUGCAACACAUUGCCGUCUUGGAGAAUGCCGCCUGGGAACAAACGUUGCCGCCACACUUUCAGAAUCCAUUCUAUCAAUCACCUCGAGUCCGACAAGCGUUGGCCAAAUCAAGCUGGUUUGGACCUGGCGAACAAGUGGUUCACGAGCGUCAAGCCGAGAAAAUUCCACGCAUGGAAAUCUAUAAUGUGCUCUCUCAUGCUGGUCUGUUGCCACGUCGUCAUUACUUCUAAAAACAUCUCAUUUAAAUGCAUUUUAUUACAUGCUGUAUAUAAUAUAUCUCAUAAAAACAAUGAAAAUAAAAAGAUAGUCAUUAAUUUAAGCUAAAAUCAGCAAAGUUAUUUUU